GUUCAGGGUGAAAUGUCCGUUAAGGUGGCCAAGGAAUUGCUACAAAAAUAUAUGAGUCCAAAUCAACAAUUCUACUAUAAUUGGGACGGCGAUGAAGAGACUGUUGCCAGCGUGCCACAACGUAUAGCGAGCAAAAUGACAUCAAGGCCAAAUGGUAUUUCGCCACAAAACCACACUUUAAAAACAGGCAUGGUUGCAUCAAGUACAUCACAAUGGAGCAACGAUCGUUCAUCUAGUCCCGAAACUUUGCCGAGUGACAUUUCUUUACUGAAACAACGGCAAAAGCAACAAUUACAACAAAACUCGAAACAGAAACUUACCGGAACCCUAAUAAUGAACAUGUCCCUAAGGAGUCUGUUACAGUAUAUUGAUGAGGAACUAAAACUAAGAGCAACAUUGCCAUUAACCGAUACCAAAGAUUUACUGAGCACUGAAUGCCAUUGUUCCCAUAACGGUGGGGGUGGUGGUGGUGGUGGUGGUGGUGGCGGCGGCGGCGGAGGCAGCGGUGGCGGCAUCAAUAGCGUUAACACUAAUUACGACAGCGGCAACAACGUAACGACAACGGCCGCAACACCAGCAGCCGACGAAACCGAAACUAGCACAUCAAGCCUAUCGAACAUUUUUCAAAGCAGUUAUUUAAUGGGUAGCAGCAACGAUGCUCGCGAUGGCUUGCACACUGCCAGUAAUGGUACUGGUGUAAGAGCUUUGGGCGGUUACUCAAAUAUACGCACUACCGCUUUAGAUGCUUCUGAAUCGAAUCAUUCAUCAUUAUUUGCUCAUUUCGAUAUGUUACGGCACGGAGUCCAUAACAAUUUCAACCACAACCGAUCGAUAUCGACUGGCAACGGUAAUUACGCUAACAAUACGCUAUCAUCUGCAAUAGCAACAGCAACAGCAACAGCAACAGCGACAACAACAGGAACAGUAGCAACAGUAAUAGCAUCAGCAACUGCAGCAACGAAUGGUGGUCAUCAAUUGUCAACAUCAGCCUCCAUGUAUAGUCAUCAUCCUUUAGAUAAUUCCGGUUCAGAUAUACGUGGCGGUGGUGGUGGUGGCGGUGAUACAUAUCAUGAUGGCGGUGGUGGUGUUAGCGGUUAUCAUUAUUCGCAUCAUUCUCAUCAUCACCAUCAUCGUCAUCAUAGCCAAGAUUAUUAUACAAACUCUAUUGCUUCUGCUUCUUCUUCGACAUCUAUUUCAUCUUCUCAUACUAACAAUCACUCUAAAGAACUUGCAACUAGCAAUAAUAGUAGUAAUAGUAAUUGUAGUGGUAAUUUUGUGGGGGGUAGUAGUGGUAGUAGCAGUGGUGUUAGCACCGCUUAUGGUCAUUUGCAUCCCGUUUGUAAUUCGGCAGCAACUUAUUCUUCUUCUUCUUCCACUUCCUGUUUUAAUAAUACUACUAACAAUGGCACAUAUGUGGCCAAUUUUUCAACUGUAAUACCAACAACCACAACAACAAUGCUCGACAAUUCCUUCUCCUUCAAUACUGUUUCUGUCUCUGCAACACAAAUCUUUAAUCAACUGCUGUUACGUAAUAAUGGUUCCAAUUAUUUAAAUAGCAACAAUACCAGCGAUGUGGUAGCCUCGGCAGCCAUUACUUCAACUUACACAGCAUUGGUCACUACUGCAUCGUCGAAAACAACGACAGCAAUAUCAGCCAAUGAGUCAUUACCUAGUAACAGCCACCACAACUGUGAUUAUCAUCAUGAAAGUAAACAGAAUGGUUUGGAAGAUUCACCGAGACGCCAUAGUUCAAUGGAUCAGUUACUCGGUCUGCUUAACGAUAUGGGUAAAUCUUCACGUACACGCAGUCUUAGCGAUGGCGGUGCCCAAGAAGAUGAUGACGAACUUGAUAAAGAAGCUCAACCGGACCUAUUGAACAAUACACCGCCUGUGCCUCCUAAACGUUCUCAUAGACGACGUCAUACACCGCCUCGUCCCAUUUCUAAUGGCCUGCCCCCUACCCCCAAAGUUCAUAUGGGUGCUUGCUUUUCGAAAAUAUUCAAUGGUUGUCCCCUACGAAUACAUUGCACGGCUUCAUGGAUUCAUCCGGAAACGCGAGAUCAACAUCUUUUGAUCGGUGCAGAAGAGGGUAUUUUCAAUUUGAAUAUGAACGAAUUACACGAUGCUGCCAUAGAUCAAUUAUUUCCCCGUCGUACCACUUGGCUGUAUGUCAUAAAGGACGUACUUAUGAGCCUAUCAGGCAAAUCGUGUCAGCUAUAUCGUCACGAUUUAGUGGCUUUGCAUUCGAAACAGACGCAUCGUUUUUCAGUACACAUGAACAAAAUUCCCGAAAGACUGGUGCCACGGAAAUUCGCUCUCACCACUAAGGUACCGGACACCAAAGGUUGUACCCAAUGUUGUGUUACGCGUAAUCCGUACAAUGGUUAUAAGUAUUUAUGUGGUGCCACACCGAAUGGUAUAUUCCUAAUGCAAUGGUAUGAUCCUUUAAAUAAAUUCAUGCUGCUUAAGCAGUGUGAAUGGCCGACAACCAGCAUAUUGGGCGGCGGCCACGGUUGUGUACAAAAUGGUCAUACGCCAGUCUUUGAAAUGAUUAUCACACCCGAAUUGGAAUAUCCGAUAGUGUGUACCGGUGUUCGUAAAGCUCUGAAUGGCUGUCUCAAGCUGGAACUAAUUAACAUGAAUAGCGCCAGUUGGUUUCAUUCUGAGGAUUUGGAAUAUGAUGCGAUGGCCACUAUGGUUCCACGCCGUGAUCUACUCAAGGUGGUUAAAGUUCAUCAAGUGGAAAAGGAUGCAAUUUUGGUGUGUUACGGUAAUGUGAUACAAGUGGUAACACUACAGGGAAAUCCAAAGCAACAUAAGAAAAUGAUCUCACAAUUGAAUUUCGAUUUUAAUGUAGAUAGUAUAGUCUGUUUACCCGAUAGCGUGCUGGCAUUCCAUAAGAACGGCAUGCAAGGCAAGUCGUUACGUAACGGUGAAAUAACACAAGAAAUCAAAGAUAUGAGCCGUACAUAUCGUUUGCUGGGUAGUGAUAAAGUUGUAGCUUUGGAAAGUCAAUUGUUGCGCACUGGUUCGUUAGGUAGCGAAGAAGGUCACGAUCUUUAUAUAUUAGCUGGCCAUGAAGCUAGUUAUUAAAGAAACCAUUUACUAAACUUUAUAUGAAUAAAACUGUAAUUAAAAAAAAAAAAAAAAAAAAAAAAC